AUGGCUGCACAAAGGAAGUCCCGGUUCUCUGGCAGGAAGUUCAGAUUUGACGCAACACCUACAGAAGGAAGGGAAAUUAAGGAGGCUGCCAUGUUUUUCAGCAUUUGUGGUGUUCCACAUAUCUCAGACAUGAGGAUCGUGCUGCUGGGAAACAGAAAUGCUGGGAAGAGUUCAUCAGGAAACACCAUCCUGGGCAGACAGGAGUUUGGUACUGCAGGGAGAACAGCUGAGUGUGUGAAGAGAGAAGGAGAAACAGCAGGCAGACACAUCACUGUAGUGGAGGCACCAGGAUGGUGGAAUAACUACACUGUAGAGCAAACUCCUGAACGUGAUAAAGGAGAGAUUGUCCUCAGUGUGUCUCUGUGUCCUCCAGGACCCCAUGCUCUACUCCUGGUCAUUAGGGCGAGUCAGUCAUUCACAGAGACACACAGAAGAGCAGUGCAGGAACACAUGGAGCUUCUGGGUGAGAGCGUCUGGAGUCACACUUUACUGCUGUUCACCGGGGACUGUCUGGGAGACACAAGCAUUGAGCAGCACAUUGAGAGUGGAGGAGAGGCUCUGCAGUGGGUUGUAGAGAAAUGUGGGAACAGGUACCAUGUUGUAGACAAUAAGAAGAGUGAUGGUGGCCAGGUGACAGAGCUGCUGGACAAGAUAGAAGAGAUGGUGGCAGGAAACAGAGGUCAUCAUGUAGACUUUGAUGCAAAUAUCAUCAAUGGAUUGAUGAAGAGGAAGAAGAAAGAAAAGAGAAGAGCAGAGGAGAGGAAGAUGAAGGUGAAGAAACAGAGAGAGACUCUCAGAUCAUCAGCAGGUGGUGUUCCACAUAUAUCAGACAUGAGCAUCGUGCUGCUGGGAAACAGAGGAGCUGGGAAGAGUUCAUCAGGAAACACCAUCCUGGGCAGACAGGAGUUUGGUACUGCAGGGAGAACAGCUGAGUGUGUGAAGAGAGAAGGAGAAACAGCAGGCAGACACGUCACUGUAGUGGAGGCACCAGGAUGGUGGGCAAACCUCACUGUAGAGCAAACUCCUGAACGUGAUAAAGGAGAGAUUGUCCUCAGUGUGUCUCUGUGUCCUCCAGGACCCCAUGCUCUACUCCUGGUCAUUAGGGUGAGUGACUCAUUCACAGAGACAUUCAGAAGAGCAGUGCAGGAACACAUGGAGCUUCUGGGUGAGAGAGUCUGGAGUCACACUAUAGUGCUGUUCACCAGAGGGGACUGGCUGGGAGACACAAGCAUUGAGCAGCACAUUGAGAGUGGAGGAGAGGCUCUGCAGUGGGUUGUAGAGAAAUGUGGGAACAGGUACCAUGUUGUAGACAAUAAGAAGAGUGAUGGUGGCCAGGUGACAGAGCUGCUGGACAAGAUAGAAGAGAUGGUGGCAGGAAACAGAGGUCAUCAUGUAGACUUUGAUGCAAAGAUCAUAACUGGAUUGAUGGAGAGGAAGAGGAAAGAGAAGAGAAGAGCAGGGGAGAGGAAGAUGAAGGUGAAGAAACAGAGAGAGACUCUCAGAUCAUCAGCAGGUGGUGUUCCACAUAUCUCAGACAUGAGGAUUGUGCUGCUGGGAUACAGAAAUGCUGGGAAGAGUUCAUCAGGAAACACCAUCCUGGGCAGACAGGAGUUUGGUACUGCAGGGAGAACAGCUGAGUGUGUGAAGAGAGAAGGAGAAACAGCAGGCAGACACAUCACUGUAGUGGAGGCACCAGGAUGGUGGGCAAACUACACUGUAGAGCAAACUCCUGAACGUGAUAAAGGAGAGAUUGUCCUCAGUGUGUCUCUGUGUCCUCCAGGACCCCAUGCUCUACUCCUGGUCAUUAGGGUGAGUGAGUCAUUCACAGAGACACACAGAAGAGCAGUGCAGGAACACAUGGAGCUUCUGGGUGAGAGAGUCUGGAGUCACACUAUAGUGCUGUUCACCUAUGGGGACUGGCUGGGAGACACAAGCAUUGAGCAGCACAUUGAGAGUGAAGGAGCAGCUCUGCAGUGGGUUGUAGAGAAAUGUGGGAACAGGUACCAUGUUGUAGACAAUGAGAAGAGUGAUGGUGGCCAGGUGACAGAGCUGCUGGACAAGAUAGAAGAGAUGGUGGCAGUGAGCAGUGGAGAAUGGAGCAUGGAAGAACCUCUUAAAUUUGGAGAUGACCAGACUACAGUGAGCACUUCUGGAGACUCUGCUCUGGGCUCUUCUAAAUCAUCUCUUGUGUCCAAGCUGAUGAGGCGAUUUGAGAGUCUCAGCACUGCACCCUCCACCACGUCAUCUGGAUACGCCACAGGCCAAUCAGAGAAGAGUGGAUCUGCGGACAGCUCAUCUGAUAUGUCUCCACACUCCAGAGUGUGCAUGUACCCUCCUCUGCAGCCCAGGGAAACACGCGUACCGUGUCGCACAGGCGGACCUUUCUGUUCGCAUCCGACCAUCAGCUCAUAUAGUGUGAGGACGUGA